CUCCAAAUGCAACUGUGAGCAAAAGGAUUCCCAAUGCAUUUGGUGAGGACGAUGUCUUAGUGUCUGUCACAUCUCCCUCUAAAAAGUGUUAAGGAACAACAUGGAUCGAAUGGAGCAGCUUUCUGCAAGCAGAAGGAAGAGCUUUCUCUCGGUUGACAAGAAAAAGAGCAACGGCUGUAGAACCGUUGUGGGAUUUUUGUGCUUAUUCCCUGCGGUGGCUUUGCUGGCUAUUGUGGGAGAUCCAGCUGGAGCUGCUUUUUUAGGGAAAGGGGAAGAUGCCCCAUCACCUGCUCUUCGUGGAGCGAGUGCUUCUGCUUUGCACAGUCCAGCUUUCCUGCCUCGGCCUCCAGCACGGAGAAAACGGUACACGAUCACGCCAGCGCACCUGAAAUGGGACCACUUCAACCUGACGUACAAGAUCCUGUCCUUCCCAAGAAACCUCAUAAGUGCCAGGGACACACGCAAGGGCCUGGCAGCUGCUUUCCGGAUGUGGAGCGAAGUUUCACCGUUCAGCUUCAGGGAAGUGCCACGCCACGUCGCCAGUGACUUGAAAAUAGGCUUCUACUCCAUCAAUCACACAGACUGCCUGGAGUCCCUCAUUCACCACUGCUUUGAUGGGACCACGGGGGAACUGGCCCACGCCUUCUUCCCACCCAACGGGGAGAUCCAUUUUGAUGACCACGAGUACUGGAUACUGGGGAACACCCGCUUCAGCUGGAAAAAGGGUGUUUGGCUCACGGAUCUGGUCCACGUAGCAGCUCACGAAAUAGGGCACGCCUUGGGGCUCAUGCACUCCCUGAACCCCAACGCCCUCAUGCACAUCAACGCCACUUUGACCGGGAAAAAGACCAUCUCUCAAGAUGAGGUCUGGGGAAUCCACAGGCUUUACGGAUGCAAAGACAGGUUAUUUAUGUGCCCAUUAUGGGCACAGAAAGGUUUCUGUGAGAAACGGAGGAAGCUGAUGAAAAAGCACUGUCCAUCCACCUGUGACUUCUGCUAUGAGUUCCCAUUUCCAACGGUUCCCCCGACGCUGCCCCCGCCAAGGACAAAAACCAAGACUGUUUCUGAGGGCAGGAACGUCACCUUCCGCUGCGGCCAGAAGAUCAUCCAUAAAAAAGGCAAAGUUUACUGGUACAAAGACAAGGAGCUGCUGGAGUACUCGUAUCCAGGUUACCUAUCCUUAAAUGAAGAUCACAUGAGCAUCAUUGCAAAUGCAAUUAAUGAAGGAACUUACACCUGUAUAGUCAAGAAAAAAGAAAGGAUCUUGACUACUUACUCCUGGAGAAUCAGGCUGAAGCACUGA